GUUUAUUAUGCAAACAUCUGGUGUGUUUAUCCCAGUGGAUAUAUCUGAAACAUGAUCCUGGUGAAAGUGUCCGAACGAUCGGCGAAAAUUGGUCCUGCGACGAAACGCCGAAUCCGGUACCGGUCGAUCCGUGGGCCUGCGGCAGGAUGACCGUGUGCAAAGCACAAUCAACGCCUUCAGAAACGAAGCCUUGUUCAGUCCCAUGUUCCUCGACGGUCGAUGUGGACCCUUUGAUAUCAGUUCCUACUUUUACAGGGUCAUCGUUUGAGACAGACAGUCGUCAGUUAUCUAAUGCGGAGGAAUUGACUCAUGAAAAUCGAGAUCUGGAACCAGAUGCAGUUGCGGACAGUGAGAGGCUUUUGUCAAGCCUGGGCGACGGAACUUCGUCAGCUGCGUUAAGUCAGGGACAACGAUCCAUUUUCACCCGGACCAUCUCCAUGGCCAAGGCUAAUCUCCCGGUGACAAGGUGGAAGUCGCAGCGGGGUUUCAAAAACGAAACAACCAACAAGAACAGAGGCAAGAAGAAUAAAAUACCGGUAGCGAUGCAGCCUCCCGAACGCCUUGACCUUGUGAAGUUGCCGCCAGAUAGACUGAAUACGGAGUGCGUUAUUGUCCCCCAGCAGAGUGAAAAAUCUCAGGGGAAGAAGAAGGGUAAAUAAUAAAGUGGUCGGCAUUAAACAGCUCUUUUACUGCAAAUUAAGGGAAAAAAUAACUCUCGAAUAUCGGGCAUUAUGCUGUACGAUGACGGAGACGUGGUUUAUUGUUAAAAUACCGGUUUACACCUGCAUAGAAGAGAUAUUUUUCUAGCGAAGGCGGCGUGAUCGAUUAAAUUUAUCUCUGUACAGACCUUGUUUACGAUCUUGGCAUGUGGAAUUUACAGUGAACGAGAAACGUCUGACAUCGCCUUGAAGUAUUCCCAGCAUGGAAAAACAACAAGGCGACAAAGUUAAUCGUCGAACAAGUUUGUUUUUUUCUGAUUCAAUAUAAGUAUUAUGCCUGAGAGCAAAACUUAGUAUUUGGGAGUUUCCAAAUUUUUAUGUACAAACGAAUAAACCAUCCCCAAUAUUAAAA